AUGAUCCCAGCUGAGCUCGUCCCGACCGAGUCGCGGUCUUUGGAGCAGUUCAGCAGCCGAUACAUCGUUCUACUUUCACCGGAGAGGAACCUGAUGAUUCCGCACCAUCUCUCUCUUGGCUGUAGCGGGGUAUUUCGUUUUGAUGUGUGUCAAGUGUUCCGUCGUGUGGUUUUUGGAAUCAACCGAGGUUUGAUGGCCCGUGGUGUACAGUACGAUUGCGUUUUGUGA